UAAUAAGGGCCACAGCAGCAUCUUUCCGUGUUGUGCAUUGUACUAUAUAUUACCUAAGAUACGAAGAUGUGCAGUUGUAUCACACAAAAGGGAAUUGUUUUUUUUUUAAAUACAAAGUUUUAAUAUCAUCAUUAUUCUGUAUGCAAAUGAAUUUAUGAAAAAAACAAUUCAUUUUCGCCUUUUUUAUUACUUUAAACUUUGGCUUUUGUGAAUGUGAAAAGUUAGUCACUUAUGUAGUAUUCUGUUUUAAUAUUGUACGUGCAGGAAUUUUGAAAAACGUAUUAACGAUAUCAAAUAUCGGUUUUGAUGAUAUCUGUGCGUUAUAGGAAAUAUUAGUUAUCUAAUCUAAUCAGGUAAAAGUUUUCGGAACUUCAAAGGCUAUUUGACCUAGCAAAUCAUACAUGAAUGACCUACAGCUAUGACUGUUACUCGUCACGAGUUAGGUAUUGUGAUGGAAUGUUUCUAUAUGGUGAAACAUUGAGCAACUCUGAAGAAUCUACAAAAUUUCAAUAAAUAAACUUUCAAAUAAACAACUUCAUCUUUGGAGUAUUUAAGGUGUACCAACAGAGGUUCAACGUAACGGAAAGUUAACAAAAAUUUCUAACACAAGGUCGCGUUUUUGCGCAUUUUCAGAACCACCCAGUGUCACUGUAGCAAGAGUAAAACCAUUUCGAUAAGAUUAGAUAACGUUGGUGGCAGUACUAUAAGAUAAUGUGGAAUUCACAACUUGCCUCACCGAUUGCAUGGUUCAGUAAGAGUUUGCCUGUGAAUCAAUCCACGGGCACGUAGUAAUUCUGGCAAUUUGGCGACGGCGAUUCAGGAUUAACUUUACAACGUUUCGAUACUAAAUUUGUGAGACAGGAUGGUGUUUGAUUAAGGAAACGGAACCCAGCUUGUAAAAUCUACAAAAUGAUGCGCCAAGAAUCGUUGCUAAGCAACCACGAGCGACAGCCGCGUAUAGAGGCCAACGCAAACAACAUCAAGCAAGAUUCGAUCGACUGCGGUGUGACGGCAUGCAGCUGUUGUAAUGGUCCAGGUUGUAUACGACUUGGCACCGCUACCUCCUUCGUAAUAUGUCUGUCGUUGGUGGCUUUCGUCAGCGGUGGCAUCGAAAGCUACUUCCGGCUGGCGGCGCAUCAAGCUGCCAGUGAGCUAAGCUUCGAUCCGAUCGUCCUGGACUGGUUGCUGGUAAUGGCCGGUGUUGCCCAGGGCGUGUUUGCGUUGCUAGUAAGCUAUUGGGGCAAUCGCAUUCAUCGGAUAUCAUGGCUGGGAGGAAUAUUUAUGCUACAGGCAAUCAGUCUGAUCGUGAUUAUAAUACCGACGCUGACGCACAACACGGAGGAAAGCAACACCAUCGAGGCACUAAACAUGGACAAAACUUGCACACUGGAGCAAUCGGCCAAGUUGGUAUUGGAUCGGCCGUACGCCAUUACAACACUGGUGCUAAUGUUUAUCGCACAGAUAUUGAUUGGCCUCGCGAAUGUUGCCAUCUACACUCUUGGCAUCAGCUAUGUUGACGAUAAUGUGCGGACACAUCACAGCCCUGGUUUGAUCGGGUGCGUCAUAGCGGCUCGCAUUUGGGGCGCCCAGCUUGGACUUGCGAUCGGUUUAGCGGUCGGAGCGACCACACUCGGCUGGUGGCUCGGAUGGGCCAUCAUAGGGCCGCUAACAUUCCUGCUCGGUUUCAUCAUCUCACUUUUUCCCAAACGAUUGCUCGCCACGAUGGUACGGCAAGCGGCAAACGAUAUCGUUGAAACGGCCACCAACAACAGCAUGCAAUCGAUCGCCACCGCCGACAAAUGGCUCGCGGAUAUUUCGCUUUGGUCCACGGUGAGACGCGUCUUUUCCAACAAGAUACUCCUCUGCAAUGUGCUAGCGCUGGUAUUCAUCCAGACCGGCAUGGUGAACUUCCAUUCGCAUGAACAAUCCUAUCUGCAGUCGCGAUUCUUUCUGCCGACAUCGCACGCUGACGGUAUCAACGAUGAGUGGGCGUCGCGAUUGAUUACCAACCUGAUACGACCAUUCGCGGCUGCUAUGGGUGUCAUUGUCGCGGCACUCGUCAUCGCAAGCGCGAAUCCUUCGGCCAGGAAAUUAGCUGGAUGGAACCUUUUUGUUGGAGUACUGGCUACAGCCUUAUUCAUAGCAUACAUUUUCAUCUCUUGCGGCGAAGAACAGAUUGCUGGCGCUUAUCGUGGCCGAAAGCUGAUCAAACCGUUCUGUGCGUCCAAUUGUGUUUGUACGGAAAAUGUGCCCUUUACGCCGGUCUGUCCUAUAGACAGUCGCUUCACAUACUUUUCACCGUGCCAUGCUGGUUGCCAGGACAGGGAAGAAAUUAACAGUAUCGUCAUAUAUCGCAACUGUUCAUGCGGCGUUGAUGUGGACAUUGUGCUGGAGAGCGGUGGCGAUGCAACUGAGGGUGCCUGCGGGAUUGACGACUGCCAACCGUACUGGAUCGUGUUUCAGGUGUUGACGGUGAUUGUGGCGAUGCUGCUUGCCUCGGGCUUGACGGGUAAGGUGAUCAUCAGCUUGCGCUCGGUGCUGACGCAAGACAAGGCGAUGGCUCUAGCGGUGGAGUUGACAUUGGUGGGACUGGUGGUACAUUUACCUGGGACAGCCAUCUAUCAGGUGGUGGCAACUCACACCUGUCAGUUUUGGUCCUCAAAUGAGCGGCAAUGCUUCUUACAUGAGACGCCAACGUUUGGAAAUAUCCUCAACAUGAUUACGGCAGCGUUCAUCAUAAUUGGGUUAAUCUUCGAGAUGGUGGUGUUCUACUUUGUUAAGGAUAUGUCCUUAUAUGGCGAAGACGACGAGACACUACUUCGCGAUCCAAUCGAGAUGCGUUUCAUAUCGCCAGCCAGGACACAAACCAUGACGGAAAUGAUGCCCUUGAAUAAUACUUAUCCCAUCGCAGACACGGUGGAUCGUUCGACGACCUCCGAAACGAUCAUGCAAUCGGAAACGCUGAUCGCCGAUGAAGGUGUACCUUCGGUUCACACAAUUCAGAACUCCCAACCCUCCUAUCCAACGGUUCGAUCAAUUUCACCACUUGCUGCAAGUUCCGCAACGUAUGCUCAGGUGGUGCGCGAACUGCCCAAGAGAGAAAAUUCUAGCGAUAUCGAUGAACAGCUAGACUUCCGGUCAGCGACAAGCUUACCUCGCGGCCAAACAGACAGCGAUGAUGAAAGCGAGUAUCGUUCCACGAUGGUAGGGCGCCUGCAGCAACAGCCAUCGAGCCCGAGAGCUGACCCUGGAGUGCGGCGUGAUUAUGCCCGAGAUGGGCUAUUUUCUCCUCGGGCUAUGUCACCAGAAAGUACGGAGGCGGGAAGAAGUGGGCUCGCUUUCCAAUCACGAAAUGUUUCCGGCCGACCGAUGAGUCCGGAAACAGAUUUUUAAGUUUAAAUGCUAGUAUAAAGUUUGCUCAUAGGUAUUGAUCCAAUGGCAUAUAGCGCAACGAUAGUUUGAAGUUGUUAGUAGAGUAUAUUUAAAAUAAAGUUUAUAGUUCCUAUCGGUAAGACUUCAACGCAAAGGAAGUAGAUAUAAAAUUCUUUAAUAAAAAUUAAAGUGAAAAAACAUGUUUUACAACUGUUGGAAACUUGUUAAGGGAAA